GAAAAUGGCACCGAACGGCUACUGGGGUGAGAGGACCGCCACAAUCGACUGGUGCGAAGAGAACUAUGAAGUAAAUUACUACAUUGCAGAGUUUUGGAACACAAUCAGCAAUGUAUCUAUGAUUCUACCACCCAUAAUGGGUGCUGUGUUUGCCUGGUUGGAUGGGCUGGAGGCUAAAAUCUUCUGGAGUCAUAUAUCUCUACUAUGUGUUGGUUUGGGAUCCUGGUGUUUUCAUAUGACCCUUCUGUACAGUGGGCAGUUGCUUGACGAGCUUCCAAUGAUCUGGGGAACAUCAACUCUUAUAUAUGCAAUGUAUCAGGUUAACAGCCCCCCUGGUCACACCCACUAUAAGCUUAUUAUUGGACUCUUCCUUUACUGUGUAGCAGUAACUGCGAUCUAUAUAUUUAAUAAAAACCCAGUAUUUCAUGAGGCUGCCUAUGGUUUAAUGGUGUUCACCCUUAUCUAUCUCUCUAGAAGAAUUAUGAGAGUAACCAAUGGUAGCAAGUCAUGGUUAUGCUUCGCUAGUCUUGUCAUCUAUGCAACUGGAUUUGUGCUCUGGAAUCUUGACCACAUGUUCUGUGAUAAAGUGAUGUCAGUACGCAAUAGUGUACCACAUGGUCUGCGUCCUGUGACGCAGCUACACGCAUGGUGGCAUCUGUUCGCUGGACUGGGAACUCAUACAAGCAUCGUCUUCUUCACUCACUCCAGAUACAGGUGUUUGAAGAGAGACCUACACUUAAAGAUGCUGGGAGGAUGGUUUCCAUUUGUAAGAGCCUCUAGCCAUACUAAGGGAGUAAUUCGCAGUAAUGGUGCACAGCAUGAAAAUGGUGUACAACAAAUGAAUGGAGACCAGUAUAGUAAUGGUGUCAAGCACGACAAUGGUUUACAGAACAGUAAUGGUGUUACACCCAACAGUAAUCCUGGUACCAGUUAUACAAGACAUGGUACAGCAUAUAGUACAGCAUAAAACAGCAUACACAACAGCAAUGUGAAGUGGUGUUACCAUAGCAACAUGUGAUAUAACAACAUGCAACAUUGAUGUCAUAGAAACGUGUGCUUCUAACAUAUGCUCGUUAAAGGUCAUCACAAUUUUUGACAUCAUUGUAACAUUUAGUCAUUCAGCUGGUGAAGCCAUGUAUCAUCCAGUGAUGUCAUGGGGAUCUGUGAUGUUGUUAAGUAUUACACAUCAGGGAGCAUUAACAGAAGUUUGUAAAGUUAAAAAUUCC